CGGGCUCCUGUCUGUUUCGACACAGCUGCUCAGGCUCACAAUUACAGCUCAUUACCCUAUCGGCGGCCCGGCCCUGAGUCACGGGGGGAGGCACCCAGGGCCGCCCAGCCCUGUCACCUUCUCCCAACCUACAGUAUAAGGAGGAGUGACAGGGAGGAGGACCCUGGGAAGGCAGGGGCGUCUGGGCAAGGAGAGAAGGCUGCACACCGGAGGGAGGGCAGGACAGGAGUCAGGAGGGAGAAGAGAGAGAGGAGGGCACGCGGAGGGAGAGAACCGGCGGCAAGAAGCAGACUCGGGUGGGAAGAAGACAGAGGGAGAGACAGAGGGGAGCGGGCCGAGAUGAAGUUCCAGGGGUCCCUGGCCUGCCUCCUGCUGGCCCUGUGCCUGGGCAGCGGGGAGGCUGGCCCGCUGCAGGGGGGAGGAGGGGGAAGCGUGGGAACGAACGUCGGGGAGGCCAUUGGGCACGGAAUGGGAGAUGCCCUCAGCCAGGGGGUUGGGCAGGCCCUUGGCGAACAGGCCGGAGGGGCACUGGGCUCCGGAGUCAGGGAUGCUGCAGGCCACGGCGCGGCCGAUGCUCUGGGCCACAAGCUCGGGGAGGCAGCCCACACUCUUGGAAACAGCGGGAGCGAGGCUGCCAGGCAGGCCGGGAAUGCCCUUCAACACGGAGCGGAUGCCGUCCAUAGCUCCUGGCAGGGGGUGCCCGGCAGCAGUGGAGCUUGGGGGACAUCUGGAGGCCACGGCAUGGGCAACCCCGGAGGUGCAGGCGCUCCCUGGGGACAUGGGUACCCCGGAGGCCCGGCAGGCAGCUUUGGAAACAAUGUUCAAGGAGGACCCUGGGGUCAAGGAGGCAACGGCAUGUCACCAAACUUUGGGACCAAUGCUCAGGGAGCCGUGGCCCAGCCUGGUUACGACGCAAUGAGAGGCAGCGGCCCGAAUACAGGGUGCACCAACCCCCCGCCGUCCGGCUCCGGAGGAAGCUCCGGCAACUCUGGGGGAAGCGGCAGCUCACAGUCAGGCAGCAACAGUGGCAGCAGCGGCAACAGUGGCAACAGUGGCAGUGGUGGCAGCAGCAACAGUGGCAACAGUGGCAGUGGCAGUUCUGGGGGCAACUGGGACCGACCCUUAGAAAAUUCUAGGAAUUUUGACCAAAGCAGCUACUCAGAUUCCCAGGGGUCCAGUAGCGGCUCCUCCUCGGGCAGCGGCGGAAACAAGCCCGAGUGUGACAACCCAGGCAAUGACGUCCGCGUGGCCGGAGGGUCUGGGAGUCAGGGCCUCAGAGGAGGACAGGGAGGUUCCGGUGGCUCCGGGGACAUGAGGGGAACAAGCAGAGAGAACAGUCACCUCCUGGGGGGCUCCCAAGGCGGGUCACAGGGGCAAGGGGCCCGUGGGGACAGUGUGAGAGGUGAAGCUGUCAAUGGCGUCAGUACCACGAACUCUGAGAUGGCUUCUGGGCCCUUCAACUUCGACACUUUCUGGAAGAAUUUUAAAUCCAAGCUGGGUUUCAUUAACUGGGAUGCCAUAAGCAAGAACCAAAUCCCACGCCCCAGCACGCGAGCCCUCCUCUACUUCCGCCGGCUCUGGGAGGACUUCAAAAGCAACACUCCUUUCCUCAACUGGAAAACGAUUAUUGAGGGCGCAGAUGUGUCCUCGCUGCAGAAGAGGGCGGGCGGUGCUGAUCAGCCUGGCGGAGGAUGGCAAGAUGCGUCAGCCUCUAAGAACUACAACUAUAACCAGCAGGCGCACCCUACCGGCUACGGCUGGCAGUACCCGGCCAAGGGCCCUGCCAAGGGAGACGCCCCGGCUGCUUCCGCGGCCUCCCGGGCGCAACCCAGCCUGUUGCACUGGCUGAAGUUUUGGUAGAAAACGAUUUCCCAUCACGACUGAGGCCUGGAAACGCGGGUCGUCAGGAGCCUGACGGGGCCCCCUAGCCCCCCACCCCGUGCCGGCCCUGGGCUGGGUGGUGUCCGGAUAAACCGGCCACUCCCUACCCCCCCGUCUUGUGACCCGAAGCCACUGGCGGUUCUUCGGCCAGAGCUUCCUACUUUUG